CGUGCUUUCGUGCCACAGUAUGGAAAUUCGGGAGUGUAUUCAGGAUGGUUUAUUACUUCACAUCUAACGUAGUGACGCCUAGCGCAUUCAUCUACGUCGGGAAAGACAAAGUUGAAAGUGUGUUCUUCCUUCCAUUUUCCUCCCCCUCUUUCCCUCCUCACAUGAGGAGCAUCCAUUCAUCGGAGGUGGUGUAGAUGAGAUGGAAAACCAACACCAACACUAACAUCAAAAACAGACGAGGACCUCAUCAAAUACGGCCUCGAAGAAGAUGUCUGGUUCCACGUCGAUAAACUGUCCAGUGCACACAUCUACCUACGCAUGAACGAGGGUGAAACAUGGGAGAAUAUCCCUCAGGAUCUACUGACGGAUUGCGCGCAACUGACGAAAGCGAAUUCCAUUGAAGGUACCCUUUACCUCAUUCCCUCCCUAACCCUCAAACCAAAAAAUGUCAAAACUUGAAAGUAAUCCACUAACCCCAGAAACCAGGAAACAAAAAAGACAACAUCACAAUAAUCUACACCCCCUGGUCGAACCUAAAGAAAGAUGGAAGUAUGGCCGUCGGCCAAGUAUCUUUUAAAGAUAAUAAGAAGGUUCUCUACCUCCUCCUCUUUCCCCUCCCUCCUUUCCCACUUUCUCUCUCAUCCUACCAAACCAUUGUAUUCCUCUCAAAGUAAAUCCUAACACAUCAUGUUUUUUUUAAAAAAAAAUAGGUAAAAAGGAUCCUCAUCACCCAACGCGAAAACCCCAUCGUCAACCGUUUGAACAAGACGAAAGUAGAGAGAUUCCCCGAUCUCGCCAUGGAGAGGGAGGAGAAGUUGAAGGCGUUGAGGAAGAGGGAUCAGGGGUUGAGGUUGGAGAGGGUAUGUCUUUUCUAAUCAUCUCCCUCUUUUCAUUUUCCUUAUUAUCCCCCUCUUCCCCUUCCCGUACCCUUCUCGUUCCACUUCUCUGCACACAGAAUUGAAAACCGAGAUCCAAACUGCGCGUUGGGGAGUUACAAAAAACCAAACACCAAAAUAAAACUAACUCCACCACCCACCCCCAGAAAAAAGAAGAAGCCCGAAUCGCCCAAGAAAGAAAAGAAAAGAAAUGGCAAAAGGACCACGCAUAUGAUGAGUUAUUCACGGGCAAUGAUCCAGAGGAGGCGAAUAAUCAGUAUCAGGAUGGAAAUGAUUCGGAUGAUUUCAUGUAACUAACGCUUUUCAACAAUGGGUGGGAGAUGGAGGAUUGAUACGCAUUUUCAGCUAGGUAGUUUAUUAGACUACUGUAGGGAGGCUAAAAGGGAGCUCUGUUUCAACGGAAUUGUGACAGAAGCUUGAUCACGGG